CACAGCACAAAAACAGGAAUAUAAAGGAGCUCCGUCAAAUUGCGUUGUUUAACGUUAGUUAUAACACACAUCUCAAUUGGAUUACAAAGAAAAGAGUGAAAAUGGAACGUUUUUUGGUCGGAUUUUUAUUCGUUCUGGCGACUAAUUCUUUGGUCGCCGCUCUUUCGUUGGAAGACAAAUGGCAAGAAUUGGAAACUAAACUGAACGCCAAAGUGAUUCAUUUUGAAGAAAAGGUGACACAUCUGGAGACUCAAAUCGAACAAAUUAAUAAACUAAGACAAGAUUUGACACUGACAGUGGUACAACUAGAAGCCAAAAAUGUUCAACUGGAAACUAAAGUCCAAGAGCAAGAAAAGAUUUUAACUUUCCUGUUGCAAACGACUGAACUUCCAAUUUCAGCAGAUGUUUCGAAAUUGUUUCUAAAUAAUCGACAAACUGCGAUUCGAUCAACUGGAAAAAUGAGCGAAAUACCUAGGACAUGUCGAGAACUCCGAGCAGCUGAUCCGACACUUCCAUCCGGAAUGUACUGGAUCGAUCCGGACGGGGAUGGAGAAGGAGGAGAUGAAUCAAUUUCAGUUUACUGCGACAUGACAUCGGGAUCCACUUCAAUUCUACAUGACAGUGAAUCUGCCAUCGACGUGGGUCACUGCUCCGAUCCUGGAUGUUAUUCACGAUCCAUCAGUUACAACGCGUCCAUCAGACAAAUGAAAGCCUUGGCCGAACUAUCAGGCGAAUGCCAUCAGUCAAUUAAAUACGAUUGCUACUACACCCCGUUUGAGUUAAAUAGCAUCGCCUAUGCCUGGUGGAACGACAGGGACGGAAAUGCGCGAUAUUUCUGGGCCGGAAAUAACACGGACGGAGAUCACACUUGCCAGUGCGGAAUCGAUGGAAAUUGCGUCGAUUCUGUGGUGAAAUGUAACUGCGACACCAUUUCACCAAUUCAAUUAUUUGAUGACGGUGUUAUCACGGACAAAAAUGUUCUGCCCGUCAAUCGUCUGAAUUUUGGUCGAACUCUACUGGAAACUUCGUCUGGUAUCCACACGUUGGGACGGUUCGUGUGCAGUGGAACUUCUAUCGCCGGACUGCCCACGUCGUGUGAGGAUCUUUGGCAGAUUGGUCACAGGUUGAAUGGAUUUUACUCAGUCAUGGGAACUAAAAUGAUGGAAUCUGUUUACUGCGAUUUCACUAAACUUCCUGAUGAUGCGGGAUUUCAGAAAUGGAUCGGCUACACUGACGUCAAAUCAGCGCCCGUCUAUUUCUACGUCCAACGGAAUUCUUCAUUCACCACAAUUGGAAAAAUUCCGUUCCAUUCGGCUCAGGUGAACGAAGGAAAUGCCAUGGACUUGAAUUCGGGAAAUUUCACGGCACCGAGAAGGGGAAUUUAUUUUUUCUCUUUCACGGGAGUGUUAAGUUGUUCUUCUAGUUCUACUAGCUGUUAUUUCCAAGUUGGCCUUUACUUAAACAAUUUUCGAGUUUCAUCCGCUGUUGUCUCAUACAAUCAAAGUCCAUUGUCUCUCCAGUCGACCAUGAACUUGAUAAAAGGCGAUCAAGUUUGGGUACAGAUUGAAUACAUGACAUCAGGAGCGUCUUUAUAUGAUUAUGGGACUAGUCAAUAUCCCCCCUAUCCAUGGACAUUAUAUACCCACUACACCCAUUUCACGGGUUUCAUGUUGGAAGAGGAAAUUGUGGCGUCAAUUUAACUUUUUUUGUUGAUUAUCUGAAAUUCGCAUAAUAAAUUAAUAAUCGUCAACUUACACGAAAAUUAGUUUUUUAGAAAAUAUAUGGUGGAUGGCUAGGAAUUAAUUUGAUUCUUGAGUGUCUAAUUAAUUAAUCACGAAUAAUUGACAUUUUGGUAUAAUUUUGAACUGUGAAAAAUAACCUUGCUCUUGCAUAAUCAUUUUACGUGCGUGAUUCGAGCGUCAUUUAUUUUUCUUUAUCCGAAAAAAUUCCAAAAUUUUGCAGACGUCAAAUUUUUGGCAUUUCGGUCGUGUCUCGUGUAUCGUGAUCGUCGAUGUCGUCUAGAUGUACAGUGCAAAAUUUGAUCUAUUUGUAAUUGGAUUUUCUCCGAAUUGAAUUGCAGUAACUAACAUACAGUUUGAUAAGGUAAGUUUGCUAUUUAUUCUUGAUAAUUCUUCGUUAUUCCAAAUUGUAAAUUUGAAAAGUGAAUACGUGUGUAAAGUUCACCCUUUCGUGGGUAUAAAGUGUUUUUGGGUUGAUAAUGAUGAUCGUUUGCACGAUCGAAAGGUAGGAACGAAACGCUCCCCGUAUUAUUACUAUUUCCUUUUUUUCUUCUUCUUCUUAAAGUUUCGUGUAUGUGUAUAUACCAAGUCAACAGCUUCUUGGACGAUACAUUCAAAAUUAAAAGAAAGUAAAAGAUUUGGAGAAGGAAAUGCAAAUAGU